UGCUUACGGUUUACAUGGGAAACGAGCGUGGUAUAUUCAUAAGUCGUGUUCAGUUCCGGUAAAAUAUGGAGGAUACAGAUGUUUAUUAUCUGGACUAUCCGGUUUAUGAAGGAGUUGGUUUACCAAAGAUGGCAACAUUUUUUGAAAAUGCUGGGAAAGUGAUACAGAAUAUCCAAGACUUGAAGCUUGGUGCGGAUGCAGUACUACUUGCUACGUAUCCUAGAGCAGGAACACACUGGGUGUACGAACUUACUCACAUGUUGCUUUCGAGAAACACGGAUUAUUCCACAGUGUCUAGAGAGGCCGCUUACUUAGAAGGGUUUUCAGACCUUGGCCCUCUACAGUCUUAUAAUCAUAUCGUCAGCACACACCUUCCAUUCCAGUGGUUGCCAAAACAGCACCUGGAGACUGGUGGCAAAAUUAUAUACGUCAUAAGAAAUCCUAAGGAUAGUGUAGUUUCGCUGUUCGAAUUAUUGUAUUCCAGUGGCUAUUUACGCGAGGAAACAUUUGAAGAUUUCUUACAAUACUAUUUAGGAAAAGAUUCAAUGUACGGGGGCUGGUUCAAUUACAACAGAGUGUUCAUCAGAGAGGCACAAACACGAAAAGACCAAAUCAUCAUGAUUCAAUAUGAAAGACUGAAAAGAAAUACAAUCGGGGAACUCAAAAGAUUGGCCGAUUUUUUAGGCAUAAAUGAUGUGGAUCCAUUGUUGCAAGAAAUAGCAGAAAAGUGUAGCUUUAAGAACCUACAAGCUGCUGAUAAAACAGUAAGAAAUGACGCUGCAUUGUCCGAGAUCAUGCGAGCUAUGCAUUUAAAGGAACAUCCUGAGAUUUAUAGGAAAGACAUUGAAUUUCAGGUGAAAUUGGAGACUGGAAGAACUAUUUCACAGUGGCCAUGAGUGAAACAUUUGACAAAAUAUAUGAAGACAAAAUAAAGGAUAUUGAAUUGGAUAUCGAGUUUGACUGAUGUUGACUGAUGUAUACAAAUAUUUUUUUUCAAUAAAAUUGUAAAUA